UACACUUUCCAAGCUACACCGGCUCUAUAUGUGACGUGUCUGAAAAAUUCCCUAAUAGAAAAUAAGUGGCGUGUGGAAGCGCGAUCCCCAGUAUAGGAAAAUGUUAAAGCUAGGUCUGACGCUCCUCUGCGUGCUGGUCGCCUGCGGGCUGACGUGGAGCGCCCGCACCGUGGACAGCCAUCUGGGGCCCAAGGAUCUCACCCGCCUGCAAAAGGUUUUCGUUGAUGGCUUCGGUUCCAGCGACCUCCAGUCCAUCUUCUUCUCCAGCCUUAACAUUCAGCUGACCGAUGCCACACAGAAGGAGCCGCUGUGCAAGAAGAUUGCAACGCUGCAUGCGGAGUCCAAGCUGAACAGCUUCGAGAAGGACUAUUAUUAUAUUGGUGCUAGCAAGAACCUGGGAUGCUCGACCAAGCUGGACGAAGCGCUACUCUCCAAGGUGUACGCAUCUUUGAACUCAGAUCUGGGCAGCAGCCAGGAGAUCUUCUACAGAGUGGUGACCCACAAGAUCCUCGGAGUGGCGAUCAAUGAGGCCACGCAAGCAAAGGUAGUGAAACGGCUUCAGGAGCUGCUCAAGAAAGACGAUACCCUUACCGGACUGGGCUAUGCUUUCAACGUGGCCACUCAGCUCGGAAGUAGUGCCUCCUUCAUUGCCAAUAGGGUUGAGGAUGCAAUCGUGCAGGCAGAUGAAGUGGACGGCAAGCUGCUGCAGUUUGAAGGCGGUCUCAGCAUCACAUCCCUGAUUAUCAACGGUGCCUUCGGCGUGACCAAGAGCUUUAACAAGCCAUCGCCAGUUACUGCCGAACAGGCUGUAAAGUUUGCCAACUACUUCCUGAGCCGGCGAUCCGUCCAAACCGCCAAGGGAGCUCAUGUGCUGAUCGAGGCUCUGAAGACCAUCAGUGGAGCCGAGAAGAUUGCUCCCGUGUGCAUUCAGCUCAUUGGCAACGGACAGCUGGAGUCCCAGUCUCCUACUCUGAACGUGGCUGUGGUCGAUCUGCUGGGCAAGCCCUUAUCGCCAGCUCCCAAGUCCAUCACCGCCAAGGUGAUCCGCAAGGACAAAUCCGUGUUGGCUGAGAAAGUGACUGUGGCUUCAAAAUCGUCCGACAAGACCACCUACGUUGCCGACCUGGCCAGCUUGAAGCCGGCUCGCGGAACCUACCAAGCGGAACUCAGUGCCGACGGUGUGUACACGCAGACCCUGCAGUUCAAGGUGCUCGGACGCGUCAAGGUUCAGUCCCUUGAGCUGGGCAUUGCCGAGUCUGAUGCCAGUGCAGCCACCCGCAAGCAGACCGUCAACUAUCCUGGCAAACUGAAGGAGGUCCUCUCCGCCGACAGCACCCAGAAGCUGCUACUGAAGGCUGUGCUCGUCGAGGAGUCCACCGGCAAGUCCCUGGCUGUCCACCAGGCUUUCGUUCGUCUGCACAACAAAAAGACUGACAAGGAGAUAAUCUUUGUGGCCGAGCAGGACAGCAGCAAGGCAUACAAGUUCGACAUGGAUGUGGGUAACAACGGCAAGAACUUCAACUACCAGAGCGGCACCUAUAGCAUCUACCUGACCGUGGGUGAUGCCUCGCUGUCCAACUCCUUUGAGUGGCUGGUGGCCGAAGUUCAACUGAAAUUCAACGAGGAUAAGGAAGUCAAGCCCAAGACCACUUCGGGUCCCCUGCCCGAAAUUGUGCAUCAGUUCCGUGUGCCAGACAAGCGCCCGCCCCGCAUUGUCUCGGACAUCUUCACCGGACUGUGCAUCACCCCGUUGGUACUGCUCUUCGUUUUCUGGGGCAAGCUGGGCAUCAAUGUGUCUAACCUGACGCUGGCGCCCAGCACACUCGGCUUCCAUGCGGGCUUCGGUGGAAUUCUGGUGCUGUUUUUCGUGUUCUGGCUGCAGCUGGACAUGUUCCAGACACUGCGCUUGCUCAUCCCCAUCGCAGUAUUCACAUUCCUGGCUGGCAAUCGGUUGCUAAGGCGUCUAUACGCACAGCGCACCUCAAAGGGUAGUUCGACUUCGUAGGUCAGUGCUUGAAGUCAAUCACAGAGUCACUCUCCAUCUUGGAACUCCUUCAUCUGAAAGAAACCACUUUAAUAAAGCGAUUUAGUUAAGAUCAAUAACACAAACACA